AGCUGGGCUCUGAGACCUUAGUCUGCCCGAGCUCUGGAUGUGGGCGCCGGACAAGUCCGCGGCGCCUCCACCCAAGAUGGACAGCCGCUACACCAGCACUGCGGGCAUCGGGGACUUGAACCAGCUGAGCGCGGCCAUCCCGGCCACGCGGGUGGAGGUGUCCGUGUCCUGCAGAAAUCUUCUUGACAGAGAUACAUUCUCUAAAUCUGAUCCAAUUUGUGUCUUAUAUGUGCAAGGAGUUGGAAAUAAAGAAUGGAGAGAGUUUGGAAGGACUGAAGUGAUUGAUAAUACUUUAAAUCCUGAUUUUGUACGAAAAUUUAUCCUGGACUACUUUUUUGAAGAAAGGGAGAACCUUCGUUUUGACUUGUAUGAUGUUGAUUCCAAGAGCCCCAACCUGUCCAAACAUGACUUUCUGGGACAAGUGUUUUGUACAUUGGGGGAGAUUGUUGGUUCUCAGGGAAGUCGCCUGGAAAAGCCAAUAGUAGGAAUUCCAGGGAGGAAAUGUGGUACGAUCAUACUUACAGCAGAGGAAUUAAACUGUUGUAGGGAUGCUGUUCUGAUGCAAUUUUGUGCAAACAAAUUGGACAAGAAGGACUUUUUUGGAAAAUCAGAUCCUUUUCUUGUAUUUUAUCGAAGUAAUGAAGAUGGCAGUUUUACAAUUUGUCAUAAAACAGAAGUUGUCAAAAACACUCUAAAUCCUGUAUGGCAAGCAUUCAAGAUCUCAGUCAGAGCAUUAUGUAAUGGUGAUUAUGACAGAACAAUCAAAGUAGAGGUGUAUGACUGGGAUCGAGAUGGGAGUCAUGAUUUCAUUGGAGAAUUUACCACAAGCUAUAGGGAACUUUCUAGAGGACAAUCGCAAUUCAAUGUCUAUGAGGUGGUGAAUCCCAAAAAGAAAGGAAAAAAGAAAAAAUAUACUAAUUCGGGAACAGUAACCUUACUCUCUUUUUUAGUAGAAACAGAAGUUUCAUUCCUUGAUUAUAUUAAAGGAGGAACGCAAAUCAAUUUCACAGUGGCUAUUGAUUUUACAGCAUCAAAUGGCAACCCUGCCCAGCCCACUUCUCUCCACUACAUGAAUCCUUACCAACUGAAUGCCUAUGGAAUGGCACUGAAAGCAGUGGGAGAAAUCGUUCAAGAUUAUGACAGUGAUAAAAUGUUCCCAGCUCUAGGCUUUGGUGCAAAACUGCCUCCAGAUGGAAGGAUAUCUCAUGAAUUUGCUUUGAAUGGGAACCCUCAAAACCCCUACUGUGAUGGCAUUGAGGGGGUCAUGGAGGCUUACUAUAGGAGUCUGAAAUCUGUGCAACUAUAUGGGCCGACUAACUUUGCUCCUGUAAUUAAUCAUGUAGCAAGAUAUGCCUCUUCUGUAAAAGACGGUUCCCAGUAUUUUGUGCUCCUGAUUGUGACAGAUGGUGUUAUCUCGGAUAUGGCUCAAACCAAGGAGUCCAUAGUCAAUGCUUCAAAACUUCCAAUGUCGAUAAUUAUAGUAGGUGUUGGACCAGCAGAAUUUGAUGCGAUGAUUGAAUUGGAUGGAGAUGAUGUAAGAGUUUCCUCCAGGGGAAAAUAUGCGGAAAGGGAUAUUGUACAGUUUGUGCCGUUCCGGGAUUAUAUUGACAGAAGUGGAAACCACAUACUGAGCAUGGCUAGAUUGGCCAAAGAUGUCCUCGCUGAGAUCCCUGAGCAGUUUCUCUCCUACAUGAGGGCCCGCGGAAUCAAGCCAUCCCCUGCGCCUCCGCCCUACACCCCACCUACACAUGUGUUACAGACUCAGAUCUGACUGUGCUCGGAACGGCUCCCGUUAACUACACAUCAGUUAGAACUGCUGAGUCAACGCUUUGCUCCUGGUGCUCUGUCAUGAACCAGGGAAUGAGAUACUUUUCUCAGUUUGGUUUCAGCAGUACUGGUUAAUAUGCUUUCUUGGAUCCAAAAUUAAUUCUCUUUCUAAACCAAAACUGUAAAUAUGGUUGUUGCAUGAGCAACAGAAAAAUUGUUUAAAUGCUUGAAGCAAAAUAUGGAUGUCU